GCCCCGCGCCUGCCCCGGAACCCGAGCCCCGUCUACCCCGCGGGGGCGACGACCCGGCGGCUUCCCCGCCCCGCACGCCCCCCACAGGCCGCGGCCGUCCGCCGGCACGGCUCCCUCCCCGCGGGCGGCGGAGGGCCCGGCUCUCCUCCCCGGCGCCGCUUACCCUCCUCCCCUCGCCGGCGGAGGAAGGAGGCGGCCGCCGGCCCUCCCCGACCGCGCAUGCGGCUGUGCCGGGCCGGGGCAGGGCCGCCGCGCUCGGGGGCUGAAGUGUGGGUGUCCCUUCCCCCGUCCCCGUCCCCCUCCUCGGCGGGCCCCCGCCAGCGCCCCCGCAGAUGGGCUUAGGCUGGAGCAGCGCGGAGGAGCGGCAGCCCCUCCUGCCGCCGCCGCCACAGCAGCAGCAGCAACGGCGGCGGCCGCAGCCGCGGGGGCCGGUGGGGGGCCCGGCCGUGCCGGCGGCGGUGCCGGUACCGGUGCCGGUGCGGCGGCUGGCGCCGUUGGCGGGCCGCGUCUACGGGCGGCGGUGGCUGGUGCUGCUGCUCUUCUCGUUGCUGGGCUUCGCGCAGGGCCUGGUGUGGAACAGCUGGGGCCCCAUCCAGAACUCGGCCCGCCUGGCCUUCGGCUUCAGCGGCUGGGACAUCGCCCUGCUCGUCUUCUGGGGGCCCAUCGGCUUCGCGCCCUGCUUCUUCUUCAUGUGGCUCAUGGACAAGAAGGGUCUGAGGGUAACGGUGUUACUAACAUCAUCUCUCAUGGUAUUGGGAGCUGGCCUGAGAUGUGUUCCAGUUUCAGACCUAGAAAUUAGGAAGAAGCUGAUUCACGGAGGGCAGCUGUUAAAUGGCUUGGCGGGCCCAACUGUGAUGAAUGCAGCACCAUUUCUUUCCACGACGUGGUUUUCUCCAGAUGAACGUGCCACAGCAACAGCCAUUGCAUCGCUGCUCAAUUACCUGGGCGCUGCUGGCGCGUUUCUAGUGGGACCUCUUGUAGUGCCAUCUCCUAAUGGAACAUCUCACCUCUCGCUGGUAUCGCAGAGCAACAGUGAGCACAUCAAGGACCGCAUCGAGGCUGUGCUGUAUGCAGAAUUUGGAAUGGUUUCCCUGAUAUUUUCUGCAGCGUUGGCCUACUUCCCCUCACGCCCGCCAUUCCCUCCCAGCGUGGCUGCAGCAAGCCAACGGCUCAGCUACAGGAGAAGUUUUUGCAGACUCUUAAGCAAUUUCCGAUUCUUGAUGGUUGCUUUAGCCUAUGCUAUACCACUGGGUGUUUUCUCUGGCUGGUCUGGUGUUCUGGAUUUGAUAUUAACGCCAGUUCACGUAAGCCAAGUAGAUGCAGGCUGGAUUGGAUUUUGGUCUAUAGUUGGAGGUUGUGUUGUUGGCAUAGCAAUGGCAAGAUUUGCAGAUUUUAUCAGGGGCAUGCUGAAGUUCAUACUGCUGCUGCUUUUAUCUGGAGCAACGUUAGCAUCAACCUGGUUCACUCUCACCUGUCUAACUAGUGUCACUCAUCUGCCUUUAACCACAGCUACACUGUACACAUCCUGCAUUUUGUUGGGUAUAUUCCUCAACAGCAGCGUACCAAUAUUCUUCGAGCUCUUUGUGGAGACAGUCUACCCUGUUCCAGAAGGAAUUACCUGCGGAGUUGUCACCUUUUUGAGUAAUGUGUUUAUGGGAGUGCUUUUGUUUUUUCUCACAUUUUACCAUACAGAGUUUUCCUGGUUCAACUGGUGCCUGCCAGGAUCAUGUCUGCUCAGCCUGCUCCUCAUCCUGUGCUUCCGCGAGUCCUACGACAGACUCUAUCUCGACGUUGUCGUCUCUGUGUGAUAAUGCCGGACUGGUGAGGGGUUGGAAGAGACUGGAAGUCAGCUUUUACAGUCUGCACAUCUGCCUGGAUUUGCACAGCUGAACAGCGGAAGAGCAAAGAAAUUACAAGACUUAAUCGUGGUUUUAUUAGGGUGAGGGACAGUCUGUUCUUACGUUCAAGACCACCUUGAUUUGCGAUAAACGUGGCACUUGAGUGGUGAUAAUGAUGCUGAAAUGCACAAAGAUAAUAUAUAGGAUGUACAGGUCCUGGUGCCAGAGCUGGGGCUCUCUAUUUAAAAGGCUGUUGAUGUAGCAGUGAGGUGUACAGUUGCGUGUGUGUGUGUGUGUGUGUGCCGACUCACGGUUAUACACACUGGGGUACCAGUAAUCUUCAGAGUCUUCUAUCAGAAUAGAAAUAGUGAAUAAUCUUAACAAAAGAUUAAAAAAAAAAGGGAAAAAAAAAAUCUUUUUUUAAAGAUCUCUCUUUUAAAUGGCUAGUCAUUUAUAUAAUGAAUGUCCAUUAAACAGUUAAGCUAAAAUGAUUUGGUGCUUGUACACUACAUUUACAUUCUAAUAAAGUGAUUUCUGAUAUAAGACACUGGUACCAGGGUUUUUAGCCAUACUAAAUAUCCCAAACAAUCCUUGCAGUGUUGUUAGAGGUGUUUGUUAUCACCCUGGAGCACAUCUAAACGAUAGCUUUAGCUGCCACUGAAACCCAACUUGCACCCACAGUCGCCUCUGAAAUACCACCAUGGUUCUGUAUCUCCUGAAUAUGGAGCAUCUGUGGUAUCUCAGAAGUUUACUGGAGAGUCACUCUUGGUAAAUGUUGCUGUUUUAAAGGCCACCACUGUGUCACCUUUUCAUCCCCCAUCUCCAGUACUGCCUUUUUUACUGUGAAGACCUGUUCAUGCCACUGAAUACUGUGGGUGUGGAUGUCCGAGUCCCACUAGUUCUCUUCUGAUACUCUAAGGUGUGCGUGGUUUUCAGGAUUAGUUUAUGGCUGAGGGUGACGAAACAAUAUUGUUUGUUAACCGAAGUCUUUAAAAUCACUGUUUUCUAAAAAAAAUCUUUCUUGUUGAUGAGGCGCCCUGAUGGCGAAAUGACAAUGAGUUUGACAAUGAGAAAUAACUCAUGAGUUUUGGCAUAAUAUGGGAAAUAUAAUGCCAGCUCUUUUUAUCAGUACUAACCUGUGGUCGUUCUGGCCCUUACUUGAACAUAAAUAUUAAAGACACUUUGAAUAGUUUUUUAACUCAAUUUUAAACCUGCUAAUAAUUUCUUAAUUAUAUUCUUAGAUUUCAGUUCAGCAUCAUUUACAGUGUUUCCAUGUGUGUGUUCUGUGCUUUGUGUUAGGGGUGUGUGUUUGUGUGUGUAUGUGUGCAUAUUUAUAUCUAUGUAUACACAAAUAAAACUUAUAUAUAAAUCUUUUAUAUAUAAGUUACAUAAGGGUAUGUGUUUACAUAGGUUUAUUUUAAGUAAUCGCAUCUCUGGAUGGUGGUAUGCCACUGUUUGUAACUAAACCAGUCACUGCCGUGAAUGGAAACGCAUAGAUACGCUGUCUGCGACAUGAAUUUUUUUUCAGGGGGUGAAUGAUUUCCUAUUGUAGCAAUUUUAUCGCAGAGGGUGCAUGCGCAUGUUGGAGGAAGCUGGUGUGCAGGGUUCUGAGUCCAUAGAAGUCUGAAUGAAACGCCCUUUGCUCCUGUGCGGGGCUCUUCUCUGCCACCCUGGGGUGACAUCGACACUGUAAGCUCACUCAGAUAAGACCUGAACUGAGCGCUACCUUUCAGACACGGAUCCGUUCAUUCUGUCUGCUCUUUUUUUGCAGAGAGAAUAUACCACUAAUACGUUUAACUCAGGAGUGUAUCUGUGCAGUAAAAUAAAACAAGCUGUUCCCUGCUUUUAUGUUUUCAGAGCAAUGGAUGUAUUUACUGUAGUAACAGAAAAUUGACUUAGCUUAUUGCCUAUAUCAGCUACUAAAUGAUCUUUUCUGUCUUGAAGCAGGGUCUUUAUAGGAAUGGAACUAACCUACAUUGGGAUAACUAAAUCAAUCUAACCAGAACUUUCAGAUCUACUGGCAUCAUCCUCUUACCGUUUUUCAGAUGAAUGGUAUUAACUGUCCAAGUUUUUUUUACUAUGUUUUAGUGCCUGGAAUAGUUGCUGUAUCCAGUAGCUGCUGCUACCUAUUGUCUUCUGAAACCAAGGAUCGCUUGCCAAGAGUCUGAUUGGAGUUGCAUUGUCAUGGCAGAACUGCAAGCUCGGAUGACUCUUCAGAGCUCUGCUUCUGCAAUUUACUGUAGCUAUAUUAAGAUUAAAAUUGUACAGCUCAGGCACUGUCCCGAGUGACAGAGAUUUCUAAUCCUUUCACUGUCCUGACUAUUUUAAGAUGGAGAAGCACUUCAGGCAGUGUUCAGACUAUAACCUAUUUUGCCUCUGUUCCAGAAAGCAUUGAACAAUUCAAAAUAUUUGUCAGUGCUGCCAGAUGCAAACUCUCAGUACAGUCAGGGCAGAAGAGCGAACAUCUUGUUUUACACCCUGUUGAUAGUUCUUCUGAGUCAGUAUGAAUUGCUCACUGCUCUCCUGAACUUUGAUGCUUUGGUAGAAGUUUCUGUGUGGUGGGUUGACCCUGGCUGGAUGCCAGGUGCCCACCAAAGCCGCUCUAUCGCUCCCCUCCUCAGCUGGACAGGGGAGAGAAAAUAUAACGAAACGCUCAUGGGUCGAUAUAAGGGCAGGGAGAGAUCACUCAGCAAUUACUGUCAUGGGCAAAACAGACUUGACUUGGGGAAAUUAGUUUAAUUUAUUACCAAACAAAUCAGAGUAGGAUAAUGAGAAAUGAAACCAAAUCUUAAAAAUACUUUCCCACCACCUCUCCCUCUUCCCAGUCACAGCUUCACUCCCGAAUUCUCUACCUCCUCCCCCCACAGCGGCACAGAGGGAUGGGGAAUGGGGGUUGCGGUCAGUUCAUCACACAUUGUCUCUGCCGCUCCUUCCUCCUCAGGGGCAGGACUCCUCACUCUUCCCCUGCUCCAGCAUGGGGUCUCACACGGGAGACAGUUUUCCACAAACUUCUCCAAUAUGAGUCCUUCCCACAAGCUGCAGUUCUUCACAAACUGCUCCAGCGUGGGUCCCUUCCACGGGCUGCAGUCCUUCAGGCACAGACUGCUCCAGCCUGGGUCCCCUGCAGGGUCACAAGUCCUGCCAGAAAACCUGCUCCAGCGUGGGCUCCUCUCUCCAUGGGUCCACAGGUCCUGCCAGGAGCCUGCUCCAGCGUGGGCUUCCCACAGGGUCACAGUCUCCUUCGGGCAUCUACCUGCUCCAGCGUGGGGUCCUCCAUGGGCUGCAGGUGGAUAUCUACUCCACCAUGGACCUCCAUGGGCUGCAGGGGGACAGCCCGCCUCACCAUGGUCUUCACCACAGGCUGCAGGGGAAUCUCUGCUCUGGCGCCUGGAGCACCUCCUCCCCUUCCUUCUUCACUGACCUGGGGGUCUGCAGGGUUGUUUCUCUUACAUGUUCUCUCUCCUCUCUCCAGCUGCAGUGUUUUGUUGCACAGCAACUUUUUCACCUUCUUAAAUCUGUUAUCCCAGAGUCACUACCACCAUCGCUGAUGGGCUCAGCCUUGGCCAGCGGCGGGUCCGUCUUGGAGCUGGCUGGCAUUGGCUCUGUCGGAUGUGGAGGAAGCUUCUAGCAGCUUCUCACAGAAGCCACCCCUGUAGCCUCCCUGCUACCAAAACCUUGCCAUGCAAACUCAAUACACUGUGUCUGUCUUGGGCACUGUAGUGUGUGGUCUUAAUUGCAGCCCUCGAUGCCUCUGCACCAAAAUAGAGACAUUGUCCAGAGCUGAGCGGCAUGGCAGUGCUCUGCUGGAGACCUGUGCUGAGGUUGCAGGCACCGUGCUGCAGUCAAGGCUCAACCAGAGUUCCCAGCAAGUCUGACGGAAAUCUGCCUGAGUGAAAACCAAAGGAUUGCUCCCAAAUUACUUGAAGUUGUGCAGGACGCUGUUGCAUUCCACACACACAGUGUUCAGGCUUUAGGAUCUUAUUAGAUUAGCAAGUCUGGCUCAGGAUGGACAUGAGGAUUGCAAAUAUGCUUGCUGAGAUCUCUGAAAAAUAUUUCAUCCCCAUCUGUGACCAGCAGCAGCAUCUUUCUGUGGAGGAGCAGUCCAUUUCCUGUCAGUAACCCAACUCGACCCUUGGGAAUAUUUUUUGAGAAGGGUUAUCACUAGGUCCACCCUUGUUUGGAUUUACGAAGGGUCCGAGCUGUCAGGACUCUGCACUUUAUUAGAAGUUAGAAUUUGAGACCGCAGGGAGAGCCCUAAGCAGUGCUGAUACAAUCAGCAGUAGAGCAGAGUAGGCUCAAACCAGUUAAUAUUUCAUAUUAACUAGUAAAAGUUCUAAGUCCCUCUAACUUUUGAGUCAGUAACAACAGGGUUUUUUAUCUAAAUGAGGCAUUACCUUGCACUGCCGCAGAGCAGCUGACCUUGGCUGCUGCUUGGCCUGUGACUUGCCGGCGGAGGAAGGUGCCCUGGGAAGUCGCACUAUUUGCUUCUCUUCGUGGCCUGUAAGUUCACAGCCCUGAAGAACGUUCCUUCCCAGCAGUGCAGAGCCCCGUAACAUACAAGUAUUUGUGCUGGGGUUUAUAUUGAAAAUGCUAGGAAGGAUGCUCUGUAGCGACCACUCUCUCUUAAUAGUUCUUAGUAUGGGCCGCUCCUCAGGUUUGUGCUUGGCUUGGUAACAACUCUCAGUUCAGCUUCCAGUGCUGCUGGCAUUUCUUCUUGUGAGCUGCGGAGCUGCGCUAGCUUUCAUGCUGCUAAUGAGGAAGCUCAGGGUUAGUAGACGUAGGCUCCACUUACGGCACUGUUUACUGUUUCUUGUCACUGCUGUUACCCAUUAAUUUCCUUUUGAUUCCUUCGCCUUCCCGCGUGGCCACCUGCUCCCCUGAGCUGGAGGUAUGGAGAAGAGCUUCUAUGCUCCCAAGCCAAUUUUAGAGGGAUGGGUUGGCCGACUGUGUACUUAAUAUGCAUAAAAAUAGUGAUUUUUAGAAAAUCAUGCAAGCUGAAAGAAAGUGCAGACCCAAAGGAUUUUAUACAUAUGUGAGAAGAUAGUCUGUUAUGAGCAGACUAUAAUUUGCCUGAAACUUAUAAUUUUAGCUCCCACACCUAGAGAGGCCAAGCUGAUAGGCACCAUGCCUGUUAGGUAUUCAGGUUCACAGCAUCACGGAGUUAUUCCCAACCAUCUGACAGAGCUGAAAUGAAUGGGAGUGGGACGUCUUUAAUCUUGGAGGGGGUUGGAAAACCCCAGGCUGCGUCAGUGUUUGCACUGGUAACCCGGGGGAGCGCCAUGCUGAUGGACUGAGUAAGGGGAGGGGGGAUUUCCAGAGGGCAUUUCAACACUGAAAUACUGCGUUGAGUUGAUUGAAUCCAUAUAAAAUUUGAAAUUUUGUGGUGACAGGGUUGUUAAUGCCUGGCUUGUUCUACAGUAAACUUAGCAAGUGGCUGCGUAGCCUUACACUGCAAUAUAAACAAGCUUAAUUGAUUGAUGUGCAUAUAUUGGCUGUUACUGGAAAUUGAAGUGCUAUUUAAUUGUGAGGAUUGACUGAAAUAUGAAUGGGAAUUACACAGUUUGCACAGUGGAUAUAACUGUCCUGUAAUACUAUGACAGGAGGGUUUUAAUUGUUCGUUUUCAUUUCUUCUAUUGAGUCACUUGCAAAUAUUUAAUAAGUAUCUAUGACAAAGACGUUUUUAUGUUUCAUUAGUUUUGAGGGGUUUUCUGUUAGACUAAGUAUGGAUUGUUGUAAUAACUUGCCAAGACAACUGCUACACUGGUAUGAAAGCGUACAUGAAUAUUUGGUAUCGAUUUCGUAUUUGAUGUUGGUGCCGUCAUUCUCGGUGUUCAAGUGCCAGGCUUGGGGAGCAGGGAUGUGGUGUGUGCGAGGAGGCAGCAGUGCUCGUGGAUGCACAGUCGUGCAAGGGUAGAUGCUGACCCUGCCAAAAUGAACAAGAACUUCAUCAUCUUCUGUGGGCUCCAGCAUCAGGGCUGGGAGGAGAAGGGGGGCAUGUGGAGGGAGAAAAGCCGCCUCCUGGCUGCUGCCUCCCUUCCGACCGAGACAGCCUCCAGGCUUACUGCUUCACAUGUGAGAGAUCAUAAGUAUCAGCACAGGCUUCAUUCAUUUCCCUGCAGCCAUGACUGCUGCGAGGUGGGUUGUAGGUGGCACAGGAAUGUCUGCCUGCCUUCCUCCAGGACUGUCAUUUCAGACGGCAGAGGAGAAUUGCUGCAGAGCAGGUGGCAGCCCCACUAAAGUCAGAAGAUGAUGUCAAUCUGCUUAUAAUUUUUGCAGUUUGUGUUUCAAGACAGAUGAAACUAAUAAAUAGAGGAAGAAAUGUAACUCUGUCCAAAGUUUUGACAAGCAAAAGCAAAUAUUUGCACAGAUGUGCUGGCUCCUGCCUUUUACUUGGGAUCACAAUGUGUUUGGAGCAAUUCAUGCCCACCCGGAGCGUGGACCCGGUCCCACAGCCCCAGCACUCCUCCUGCUGCUGCUCAGCCCCCAGCAGCAAUGCGGGAAGCUUCGUGCCUGGGCUGGGGAGGGCAGAGGGGGAGAGGGGAAGCACUGCACUGCAGCCAGGAUGCCCAGAAGGUGCAAUGUUGGUGGGUGCCUGGGUUAUUUGCACAGAAGGGAUGUCUUCUGCAGCCCAAUUUUAGCAGGGUCUCAUUUUUUACUUCCUCAAGAAGGAGGUUCUGACCUUCGUUUUAUGUUUGUGAUGUGAUUUGUUCUACAGGAACAGCUAUGGCUGUGGCACAUGGCAUAGAGGCGCUGGUUUUCCAAGGUGUGGCAGAGAAUGCAGGUGGGACUUUCUCCCUGCAAUAACAGCUUUUCCUUCCACGGUCUCUCUCCCCACUGGCUUCCCCCGUGGGAUUUCUCUGUUUGUUUUAUCUGGACAGACUCAUUGCACUCGCUUUGUAUCGCUACAUGAAGAAAAUACCAUGAGCAAGCCACUUUUUUUCUUUGUGGGGAGCUUUUCCCUUUAGGCUCAGGCCACUUCUCCAACCUUAGCCCACCUGCUUGUAAAAGCUAAAAAACCCCAACCCCAUGUUUUUCUUUGCAGAGGGGAUGUGCAGGUUUGUGUAACGCUGGGAUGGGUAGCGAGAGCCUGGGUGCUGCGCUUGCUCGGUCACAGAGCUGCUCGGGGGCUUGGGGAAGGGAUGCUUGUGUGUGGGGUGCCUUGGUCCCCCAACCUGUAAAAGGAGAGGGGGAUGCCCCAUGUCCCUCCCCAGGCAGGGACACACAGCGGUCAGGGCUGGGAAGUGCUUUGGGAUCCUGUGAGGGACGGGGGCUGGAGCAGGGCGUGGGAAAUACCCUGUUUAAUGGGCUGCGUGUCCUCAGCCUUGAGACUUCCGUGGGGAGUGCAGACCCUGGUUUUCUCUGCCUGGUCCGCAUAAUCUGUCAGGCAUGGACAGUAUGUACUCCAUGGAUAGAAAACCCCUCUGGCAGGACAGGCUGCAUUAACAUACCGGUGGGAAAUAGUUAUGUUUAGGGAAGGGAUGCUCAGAGAGCCAGUCUGCCUGGAGCGGUCAGGGGCUGCUGUGCCCCUGGGCUGUAACUGGCUCUCUCUGGACGCCCUGGAUGUGCAGUCAAAGCCACAAGAAAACAAGAGUUGGUUCCCUCGCCCUGGCCCCUGCCUGUACCUCUCCUGCCUGCAUCUCUUCUGCCUGCCCCAGCCUUUCUGCUGGCACCCAUCACCUGGGCUGAGCAAGGCUGGCAGAGCCGCAGGGCGUCCCCAUGGGCGGCCGGCCACCAGCUGCUGCUCCCCCCCCAGGACAAUGAUGUAUUUUCCAGAUAUAUUUAUUUUCUCUGCCUAUGAUCUUUGCUAGAUUAAAACCUCUUUUUCCUCUACCAAGUUUAAUGUCUUCCACUGUCCAUUUUAGAAACAAGUGCUUGAUAAGGUGGAAAAAACAGCUUUUAAUUAUGUGACACACCUAACAGUUGGGUUUUUUGAACUGCAUGAACAUAUGGAGAAGGAAGAGGGUUUUACAUGUUGGAGAGCAUCUUUGUAAACUAUCCUCGACCUGUAAGACUGUUCAAUUUUACUGGAGUUUGUAUGCAUUUUACUUUUGUAAUUUUUUAAAUGAUUUGAUAAAUUUUUAUUUUAGGGCAAAUUCUACUUUUUGUAUGCGAUAUUCCAAUGUGAUGUACUUUUAUUUUUAAGAAAAUAAUGUUGAAACCACUAUAUACUUGUCAACGUAACACAUCCACUGUGUCAUUUCUUUUUAAAACUGGAAUCUGACCAUGAAGUGCGUGUUACUUUACGUACUGGUUGUUGCACAUUAAAGAGGUUUACUCAGA